AUCCUUGCGCCGCCCGGCGCUGCGCCCGCCACCCGCAGCCUCGCCCGGCUGUGUGUGCGUGUGUGUGCCCCCCCCCCCCCAAUAUCCUUCCCCAGCCGCUGCGGACCCCCCCGGCACGGAGACAUGGCCCCCAUCGGACUCAAGGCUGUGGUGGGAGAAAAGAUUAUGCAUGAUGUGAUCCGGAAAGUGAAGAAGAAGGGCGAAUGGAAGGUGCUGGUGGUGGACCAGCUCAGCAUGCGCAUGCUCUCCUCCUGCUGCAAGAUGACCGACAUCAUGACGGAGGGGAUAACAAUCGUGGAAGACAUCAACAAGCGCCGGGAGCCGCUGCCCAGCCUGGAGGCCGUCUAUCUCAUCACCCCCUCCGAGAAGUCCAUCCACUCCCUCAUCAACGACUUCAAGGAUCCCCCCACCUCCAAGUACAGAGCUGCCCACGUCUUCUUCACUGACUCCUGCCCUGACGCCCUCUUCAAUGAGCUGGUGAAAUCCCGCGCUGCCAAGGUCAUCAAAACCCUGACGGAGAUCAACAUUGCCUUCCUCCCCUCCGAGUCCCAGGUUUACUCCCUGGAUUCGGCUGACUCCUUCCAAAGCUUUUACAGCCCCCACAAGGCCCAGAUGAAGAACCCGAUCCUGGAGCGCCUGGCAGAGCAGAUCGCCACGCUCUGCGCCACGCUGAAGGAGUACCCGGCCGUGCGGUACAGGGGGGACUACAAGGACAACGCCAUGCUGGCGCAGCUCAUCCAGGACAAGCUGGACGCUUACAAGGCUGAUGACCCCACCAUGGGCGAGGGUCCGGACAAGGCUCGCUCCCAGCUCCUCAUCCUGGACCGUGGCUUUGACCCUGCUUCCCCGGUGCUGCACGAGCUGACCUUCCAGGCAAUGAGCUACGACCUGCUGCCCAUCGAGAACGACGUCUACAAGUACGAGACGAGCGGCAUCGGGGAAGCCCGGAUUAAGGAGGUUCUCCUGGACGAGGACGACGACCUGUGGGUCACCUUGCGCCACAAACACAUCGCCGAGGUGUCCCAGGAGGUGACCCGGUCCCUGAAGGAGUUUUCUUCAAGCAAGAGGAUGAACACAGGCGAUAAGACCACCAUGAGAGACCUGUCCCAGAUGCUGAAGAAGAUGCCGCAGUACCAGAAGGAGCUCAGCAAGUACUCGACCCACCUGCACCUGGCUGAGGACUGCAUGAAGCACUACCAGGGCACGGUGGACAAGCUCUGCAGAGUUGAACAGGACCUGGCCAUGGGCACUGAUGCUGAAGGCGAGAAGAUCAAGGACCCCAUGAGGGCCAUCGUCCCCAUCCUGCUGGAUGGGAACGUCAGCACCUACGACAAGAUCCGCAUCAUCUUGCUGUAUAUCUUCCUGAAGAACGGUAUCACCGAGGAGAACCUGAACAAGCUGAUCCAGCACGCUCAGAUCCCGGCAGAGGACAGCGAGAUCAUCACCAACAUGGCCCACCUCGGGGUGCCCAUCAUCACAGACUCCACCCUGCGCCGCCGGAGCAAGCCGGAGCGGAAGGAGCGGAUCAGCGAGCAGACCUACCAGCUCUCCCGAUGGACCCCUGUCAUUAAGGACAUCAUGGAGGACGCCAUCGAUGACAAGCUGGACACCAAGCACUACCCGUACAUCUCCACCCGCUCCUCCGCCUCCUUCAGCACCACUGCCGUCAGUGCCCGCUACGGCCACUGGCACAAGAACAAGGCCCCCGGCGAGUACCGAAGCGGCCCCCGCCUCAUCAUCUUCAUCCUGGGCGGCGUCAGCAUGAACGAGAUGCGCUGCGCCUACGAGGUGACGCAAGCCAGCGGCAAGUGGGAAGUGCUAAUAGGUUCUACUCACAUUCUCACUCCCACCAAAUUUCUCAUGGACCUGAGGCACCCCGACUUCAGGGACUCUACUAGGGUAUCAUUUGAGGAUCAGGCUCCAGCAAUGGAGUGAGCCAAAGAAACCAAGGUCCACGCACAUCCUCACCCCACAGAAACUGCUGGACACGCUGAAGAAACUCAAUAAAACAGAGGAAGAAAGCAGCAGUUAAAAGGAAACGCUGCCACCGACUCGAUGCCGAAUUCACCUUCCCUGCCGGGCGCCCAGCCCAGGGUCCGAUCCUGCUCCCGGCCCCAGCCCGGCCCAGCUUUCUCUCUUGUUCUUGUGUUGACCCCCUCUCCCCUCCCGACGCCUUCCCCAUCUCAUUUUAUCCACAGGGAGGGGAUAACAGCCGGGAAAAAAAAAAAAAAUCUUACAAAAACCGAUGAUGCAUUGUGUUUAAAAGAGGAAAAGGAAAAAAAAAAAAUCUAUAUAUUUGUAGCUGCAGCUAUCUGAAGCACCCAGGAUCUCAUUGCUGAGUAACCCAUCUGCCCAUUGCUAGCGAAUGAUGGCGACAAAAAAAAAAAAAAAACCAGAAAAAAAAAACCUUUUUCCGAAAGUUUCGCUCCUCGUUGGGGUCCUGUGUGGAUGGAAGGACGGACGGACGGACGCAGCACCAUCACUCCAGCCUCUGCUCAGGCAGGCGCCGUGGGCUGGGCUCAGCUCUCGCAUCGCUGCUUGCUCUCGGCCGGGGGGUGGUGUCCCCGCUGCCGGCUCCUUCCCCUUGUCUUUUGGGGCGGCAGGCGGUCCUGCCAGAUGUGCACGCCAACAUCUGGGGCGGGAGUUGGGGGCAGGGGGGGGCACACCUGGGAUUCUUCAUGCUGUGGCAAUUCCCAUGUGAAAAGGGACCAAAAUGGUCAAAACCUGGAGAUUGGGCCUGUUUGCUCGCACGGCCGCUCCCCUGCCCUGCUGCGGCCCGGCCUCCUCCUCCUCCGGGUGUUCCUUCAAAUGCAUAUAUAUAUAUAUAAAAAAAAAUUAAAAAAUUAUAUAUAUAUAUAU